AAGGAACUUGAAUUCCUACCCUAACUGUCAUAAAAAAUUAUCAGAGACCGCGCGCGCGUCUUUCUUUCUCGCAGUGGGCCAUGGCCUCGGCGGAGCAGCCUCUGAAGAAGCGCAGGAACUACGGACCCUCAUCAGAAUCGCCGCCACUUCCGCAGUCGGCUCAGCCACCGACACCGCCACCGGAAAUCCUAGCGCCGGACCAGACGUCCGCCGCUCCACCGCCUCCUACUCCACCACAGCUGUCCCACGCGGAAAUCCUCAUCAGAAGGAGGAACAGGGAUGAGAUUAGAAGUGUCUAUGAAUGUUAUAAGCGAAUUAGGUUUUUCCUUUCCCGGAAGGAGAAAGGCGCCCCUACGCCAGAUAUUGAGCAAGCAUAUCUUUCUCUCAUCACUGCUUCCAGGGGAUGCACCAGUGUGAAGCGUAUUGUGGCCGACUUCAUUCCUCGAUAUGCAUCUCAUUGUCCAACUGCCCUUGAAGCUGCAACGAAAGUUAUUAUCAAUAUGCACAAUCAGAGCUUGGAAAUGAUAAAUAAUGGGGAGGAUGUUGAUAAUGUUGCAUUUGAGACGGCGAGGGCUUGUAUUAUUGGUCUAGUUGAGAUUUGUGCUGCUGUAAUAUCUAAGGCACCUACGUCAUCUGUCAUCAGAGGCAUUUGCUUUGCAGUCUUUCAGAAUGUUUUCACCUUCCUUAUGUCAUCUUUUGAGGGUAAAGAUAUCUUUCAGAUUGUAGACAAGGAAGCUCUUAAAAUUCAAGAUUCUACUGAUGUUUUCACUGAGUUAAAGCAGAAAUAUACUGACGAAAAUAUUUUGCCGGUGAUGAAGCUAUCCAAGUUACGUGCUAUCAGUCUCCUCUGGCUAUUCUUUCAUUACCCUAAAAACUUAGCUGCAGCUUGUUUUGAACUUUUCAAUAUGUCUACCGAGGUAGUUCACAAGGAUGGGCUGUAUUUUCUAACUCAGAUUAUACUUGGGCUCGAUGAUGACAUCACCCAUCAGUCGGAUAAAAGAAGUGACAACAGGACAAGCCCCAAAUGCGGCAAGGAUGGGGUUAAGGAGCAAAUUUCAGUUAGUAGCCACUUCUCUGUUGAUGCAUUUUCUGCUUCAAGGAACUGCAUGUUGAGCUUGGUACUUGGAAAAGAUCAAUCAUUUCGACACUGGAUGUUUACUCAGUAUAAGAGGUUCUCUGACUUGCCUUCCUUUAGAGCUUUAACAGAUGUAAAAUCUGCUCUGGAAGGAAUUUUUGAAUCAUUCUCUGAGUUAAUGAACAAUGAAGACAGUCAAGUGAAUAUUGACGAGGAAAUUACUGAUUCCUUGAAGCAUUCUACUCAUAAUUCAUGUGAAAUUUCCAUUGAACUAUCUGAUAAAAAGAGAAAGUUGAGACAUUGUGAUUCCCUUGAAGAUGGUGUCAAUGACAAACAUCGCUCAUCAAUUCCUCUUGAUGGCAAGCACACCACGUGUUCUGAUUUUGAUACUGGUGGCUUAAGACCCAUGGCCUUUGAAGUUCAGGAGCCUGGAGGCUUGCUACAUGGCAGCUUGCCCAAGUCCCAGGAUGCUAGCAAGCAUGAUUAUUUGUCUUUUGCGAAAACAUCAUUAGACCCGGAGGGCAAUUCAUUUGAAUGUACAAAGCAUUCAGGUGAUGUGAAUCAAGUUUCAAAGGCUGACCGCAAAUUUCCUACCCAGAGAGUGUCUACUGGAGAUAUCAAUAGUGAUCUUGUGCCUCCUAGACAUCAAUCAUCAGCAACAUGUAGUUCUACCACUUCUCAGAGUUUGUGGUUUUCUGAUGGAGAUCCAUCAGCCAUGGAGAUCUUCUCUGCUUCUAAACAGCUAUGGGUAGGUAUUUUAGCCCCUGAUGCAUCUGAGGGUCAUAUAAGGUAUCAAUUUGAGAGGUUUGGUUACAUCGAACAUUUUUUCUUCUUUCCAUUAAAAAGAUUUGCAUUAGUGGAGUAUGGUCACAUUAUUGAUGCCAUAAGGGCACGUGAAUAUAUGCGUGGACAAUUUCAAUGGUGUGUAAAAUUCAUGGAUAUUGGUUUAGGUACUAGGGGUUCUACCCACGGGGUUGCAAUCGGUUCUAGUUCUCAUGUUUAUGUUGGAAGUGUUUUGAGCCACUGGUUGAAGGAUGAGAUUCUGCAUGAGACAAGGAAAGUGCUGAACAAGGGUCCAUACAUGGUCUCUGAUCUUAGCAGUGAGGGAGCAUUACUGAUGGAAUUUGAGACUCCUGAAGAAGCUGCAGUUGUAAUGACACAUCUCAGACAACAUCGAAGAGAAAGGAAUAUUCACUGGCCCCCUUCAAAUGCAGGACAGACUAACAUCGCCAUGCCUUAUUUAGAUAUUGGAAGAACUGCUUGUGCCCAUACUCGUGGUAGCAUCAGAAGUAACAAUCCUGCAAACAUGCCAAGUGGUAUGGUUGGGUCACCUCAUGCUCCCAUUGUCCCAGAGAGUCCUAACUUCAGGACAAGAAUGUCAGACCUUUCUUCCUUGCUCUAUACACUACGUGCAAAAUACAACAUCAAUCAAAACUCAAGUUAUUUUGAAAACUACAUAUCUGGAGGUUGCAACACUUCCAUGAGGGAAGAAGACAGAACCCCUACUAGCACUCUCUGGGUUUCUUUCCCGAAUUUUAAUUCUCCUUUUGUCACUGAUGAGGAGUUGAUGAACAUCUGUAGUCUUGCCAUCUCCAAUACUGGGUCUGUUGUCAGGUUGACUCGGGCAAGUGUACAGGUGGGCUGUGGUUGGUUUAUUGAGUGCAGCAGUGUAGAUGCUGCAAUCACUGUCUUGAAGAAUCUCCGUGGUUGUCCUGGAAUUUUCCUUCGAAUAGAAUUCAGUAUACCCGGAAGGUUCCAUACUACACCUUUUCUGAGGAACCACGAUAGUUGUGCUAUGGAGCAUCCAUCUCCUAGAGUAAUACAUGAGAAUCAUCCAAUAGCUCAGCAAGGUGGAUAUUCAUAUCAAUCCAACUGGGCUCCUAGUCAUGCAGAGAUUCCUGAAGUAGGGGUCAGAAAGACUGAUGCUUAUGAAAAAAACCUACUGAUAGAUCAUCCACAAGGUGGACACAUGGUGUCUGGAAGCAUUCCAUGCUUGCCCAUAUCAACAAUGGGGCCUCCCGCUCCACCUCCUCCACCACAGAUUCAGCCACCUCCAUUUGUGCGAUCUCCAUACCCUCCUCCAAAUGGUUCUUGGGAUGCAAGGGGUUUAAAUCAUCCUUUGCCCUUAAAUCCAAUAUCACCAAGUGUUAUGCCUAAUACUUUUCCGGGUAGUUCUGUUGCAUGCCCUCCCUUUUUACCUGCUUCUGUGACACCUCUUGCUCAGAUACAGGGAACUUCAAUGCCGCAGCAUCUAGAUCAUGUUUUUCCCCAUCUGGCUCCACCACUAAUAUCAUCUCUACCACCUCCCCAGCCCGAGAGGCUUCCUCCCAUGCCUCCAUCUCCACCACCUUUGCCUCACUCACAACCACCUAAUAUUCCUCCUCCACCCAGUUCUCCUCCACCUCCACCUCAACCCUUAGCUUCUACAGGAACAAGUGAAGUUGAAAGUUGCAGCCAGCAUAUUCAGUAUCAAUGGCAAGGAGCACUGUGUAAAAGCGGGGUUCAGUACUGUACGAUUUAUGCAAAAAGAGUGGAUUCACAUACUUGCAAAUAUUUGAAUGCUGGUGCAGAACCCAUUGAGUGGCCGGCAAAAUUGGAUAUGACCAAACGCACGGAUUUUAGGCAUGUGAAGUCGACAUUCACUAGCAGUUCACCAAAUAAAAGGGAGAUAUGUCAGCUUAUCCCAUCUUCUGGUGGAGACCAUAAAGGAUUCCAAGAUUUUGUGUCAUAUUUGAAGCAGAGGGAUUGUGCCGGAGUAAUAAAGAUUCCGGCCACCAAAUCCCUAUGGACAAGGCUUCUCUUCAUACUUCCAUAUUCACAGGAAUCGUGUUCUCUGUUCUCAAUUCCACCAGGUCCAUCAGAUAGCCUGAUUGCCUUGGUUCUUCCCAAAGAAACGAACUUCGAAUGGGUUUGAUUAUGGUUGCUCGCAAUCUUGUGCCAAAUGGGAAAUGAAGAGUAUAAUACGACACCACGCCUAUUGCUGUCAUCAUGUUUGUGCGCUAGAUGAGAGUAUGUUAAUAUUGUACGAAACAUACAAAUUUUGACUCUCUUUGUUAGGAAUUUCACUCAAGGUGGCAACUUUUUUCAAAAUAGAUGACCUUUCACUUCUUUUUUUUUUCUUUUUGUUAUUAUUAUACGUGGGUGGAAAUUCGAACUUACAAUUUUUGGUCAAGAAUAUAUGUUUUAAUCAA